UGAGAUCAUUCGUUGCUGCUGGAGUCGUAAACAUCGUCGUCGCGAUCGGCCCUCUCGUUCACCACCUCAACAGGUGACCUACUUUCUCCAGGUGCCCCUCUACCCAAAAAAAGAAAACUCGGACAUCAUCGGAAACAUGUUAGAACUGCAUUCAACCGAGGUUCCUGCGCUCGCCCGAAAAGUGCGACAAUCGACAGUUUGUGAACUUGCGGACUCGUUGACCGUAGCAACUAGCCAUGUCUUCGUCAUCGGACCGACGGGAAGAUCGCCGAAACUGCCGACUCGAACGGAGCGUUUUAGGCCUACUGCUCUGAACCGAAGGGAACCCCCCAACGCCAGCACCACGCAGCGAACGGCAAAGAAGAGCUGCUUGCGGCGUCGGCGCGCGUCGUCUCGUCUUCGCGUCAUAGCGACAAGGACAGCCAGUGGCUUGCCGUUAAUUCUUUUCCAAAGUGCGGUCCGCGGCUCUUCGGGGCCCGGUGAAUCUCCCGACGGAGUUCCCCAUGAACCGAGCGCUCGUCAUGCCUGCCAAAGUGUCCCGCAAAGUUGCGACCAUGAUCAUCCGAAGUCGCAAGUCCAUCAUGAAGGAUGGCUUCAUCACAUCGGGGUUUGGCGAGCCAAGCGUCUACCAUGCAGUAGUGGUCAUCUUCCUCGAGUUCUUUGCCUGGGGCCUCCUGACCACACCUAUGAUCACGGUCUUAAACGAAACAUUCCCAAAUCACACCUUCCUUAUGAAUGGCCUCAUUAUGGGAAUCAAGGGCUUCCUGUCGUUCCUCAGCGCUCCCCUGGUGGGUGCCCUGUCGGACGUCUGGGGCCGCAAGUUCUUCCUGCUGGUCACGGUGUUCUUCACAUGUGCGCCCAUCCCGCUGAUGCGCAUCAACACCUGGUGGUACUUUGCCAUGAUCUCCAUGUCGGGCGUGUUUGCGGUCACCUUUUCGGUGGUGUUCGCCUACGUGGCAGACGUGACAGACGAGCAGGACCGCAGUGCGGCGUACGGUCUCGUCUCGGCCACGUUUGCCGCCAGUCUGGUCACGAGCCCCGCGCUGGGUGCCUACCUGGCGCGGCAGUAUUCGGAUGCCCUGGUAGCUGCCCUGGCGUCGGCCAUUGCACUACUGGACGUGCUCUUCAUCCUGGUCGCGGUCCCCGAGAGCCUGCCGGAGAAGCUCCGACCCGUGGGUUCAUGGAGUUCGCCCAUCUCUUGGGAACAGGCUGACCCCUUCUCGGCACUGCGCAAAGUAGGCAAGGACCCGAUGAUCCUGAUGCUCUGCGUCACCGUCUUCCUGUCGUACCUUCCCGAGGCUGGCCAGUACUCCUGUUUCUUCGUCUACCUGCGCCUGGUGAUGGGAUUCUCGGCGGAGGAAGUUGCACUGUUCAUCGCCGUUGUGGGCCUCCUCUCAGUCAUUGCACAGACAAUGGUGCUGACACUGCUGAUGAAGACAGUGGGCAGCAAGCACACAAUCAUGGUGGGGCUGCUCUUUGAAAUGCUGCAGCUCGUGUGGUACGGAUUCGGCUCGCAGCGCUGGAUGAUGUGGUCGGCGGGCGGCCUAGCUGCCGUGGCGAGCAUCUCCUACCCGGCCAUCAGUUCCUUUGUGUCAACGCAUGCGGAGGCGGACAAGCAGGGUCUGGUGCAAGGCAUGAUCACGGGCAUGCGUGGCCUCUGCAACGGUCUGGGGCCUGCCAUGUUUGGCUUCAUCUUCUACCUCUUCCACGUGGACUUGAAUGAGGCGCCUCCCAUGACUGCCCCGCCCCUCUCCAAUGGAUCUAUGGUGCCCAAUGAGCUCAGGUUUGUUCCUGGACCACCUUUUGUUUUCGGUGCCCUGCUGGUAAUGCUGGCAUUGCUGGUGGCGGCAUUCAUCCCCGACAACUCGGGACCCGUUGCCACGUCAAUGUCCACUUCAACUGCCAGUGGCUCAUCACGAAGCGUGAGCAGCUCGCGGGCAACACAUCAAUCUGUCCGUGUGGGGGGCUUGGAGCUCUUUCACCAUGACGUUGUUCACAAGCGCGGCGGUGACUGCGGAACGUUGCCAUUGAUGCACGACACCGACCCGUUAUAGUCGGCCUCCUCAUGCCACUUCUCGAAAGCGUCAUGGUCACCGCUGCCGGAGCUGAAUGAUGUUGCCGAACUGUGACCAGCAAGGGCUGCGCGCUCGGUGGCUGUAACGGUCACCGGCGUGGUUUGGGGACCACUGUUUCAUCACGCUUGCGCUGUCGGAGUUGCACUCACGUUACUUGCGCACUUGUGCCCACCAUUCUCUGUUUUCUUCUGGUACGUAGGGGCAAGAUGCUGUUGUGGCGAGUACCAUGGCCGUUCCGAUCAUUGCCGCUGCUAUGUUCUGUUUGCCUCCAGUGUGGAAGUCCCGUCCCAUCACACGACGGGUGGCUAGGUGCCAUUGCAGUGACGGCUACUGCAAAGUCUUUGGCCCCUUGACCUGCCCAUGUAUGAUGCAGCUGGGUUGAACAGCAAGACUGUGUGCGGUCAUAAGUGGAAAAAUCCUUGUCGCACGGCUACACCAUUGUGAUUGUCACUUGUCCUUCCGCCAUGGCUGGUGUGACUGUGACAGGCCUUGCCUCGUGCUGUCUCCAGCACUGUGAAGCAUUGAAAUACCACGCAAGACAGUGCGCAACAUAUGAUACGGUUGUUGCUUUGUUAUCGCUGUGUUCGACGAUUUCUGAGAGGUGCGACCUUGCGGAUUUGAGCUAAGCAGCCUCCUGUUCAUUGUUGCGUCAGCAGGGUCACGACCACAGAAAGUGUGCAACUCCGUCGGGCAUUUAGCCCCACCGAACUGGCCAUUGAUAUCGGCGGUGAGCGCAUCAUUUUGGAAGAUUGCCUUGGUGACGCAACCAUGCUUUUGUGUGAGAGUGGACCACAUCUGGUUGUGCGUGUCUCUAGCUCAGUGUAGGCUUGUCCACUGCCUGACACCGGUGCCACAAUUCCGACGUCUGUGCGUCGCCUCCAGCGUGUGGAGGGCUCCGGUUGUGCUGUAUUGCACUCAUAUAAGAUGUUGCAUUUUGGACGCAGAUUAAAACCAACCAUGUUAAUGAUUUUCCGAACUGAAGGAGCAUCGCCAGACACCCUAGCUGACCUCAUUUCUAUAGAAUACUAUUGCUAGAAAUUUCUAUUGACAAUAUCAUUUUCAAAAUUGUCUUGUUUUAACUUCACCAUCGUCGGCUCAGGUUUUCAGCUGUCCCUAGCAAGAAUAAAGAAAGCUAGCCGUCAAAUGCUUUCUGUUCUUUCUAAUUCUAUUUUUCUAUUUCUAAGUCGGUAUCAUUUAGCAGAAGAACAAACUGUUACAAUCUUACUUUUGAACUGUGAAGGACAUCUGUGGAUUGUUUUUGUUGGAUGUUUAGCAAGGUUAUGAUAUCAAUGGAGGAUGGAAUGUUUGUUUGGAACACAAACAGUAUUGUUAUCUUCUCUCCACAUUUUUCUGCUGCAGAUCUUAUAAAAUAUUCAUUCCUUCUUGCUCUUGUUAUCUGUCGUCAUAAGUAUGCAAUGUGUGAAGAGUUUUCUUGUGGCAUUCUACACUUUGCAGUCUCAAGUUACGUGCUAUCUUGUCCCCGGAUAAUGUAAACGGUGUCGGUUUCCUUUUGGGCAGUCCUUACCAUUACAAGAAGGUAUGAGUGGGAAGAGAAUCAGCCUUUUAUGUUGCACACUGGCAAGAGGCGCAUUUCUGGUGUCUCAGCUGGUGUCAAUUAAUGUUCGUUGUUAUUGAAAUGUAUACCUAUUUCUUGCUUUUUUUUUUUUUCAUUAGGUGGCAUUGCUAUCCAGCUAAACCAACUUUGUGUGGCAACCUGCAUUUGCUAGUCAAGAUAGAGGGGUGCAUCAUGAGACUGUGGCACAGUGUUUUCGUGUGGUCAUUGCCUUCUGCAACUGACACUUGCAGCUUUUUUUUUUUUCCCUCAUGCAGUUGUCACACUUGUCCUCAAUUUUGCCUCAUGCCAACAUUGUGCCGUGUCGCACUUAGGAAUGUGGCAUGUGUCCCCAGUGAUGCGCACUUGACUGUGGCCAGUCCAUGCAGACGUAAGUGUGGCUGAGAAUACCCGAUUGUGAAGUUUUGUCUCGCUGUUUUUCGCCGUAUUUGUUUCCUAACCUUCCAUUGGUGCCACAUGUACAAAGUUUGCUGAUGCCACUGCCUGCACUUACGGUGGUCAAACCGUCGUCUGCGCAAGACAAGUGUGCCACGCGACGAGUUGGUAUUUGCCACGCUGGACUCGUAUAAAACAUUGAUCUUGACUUUAGAAGUGUGACGGGCUCUCGAACCCCACCCACCUAUGAAAUUCGUCAAGUGGCAGCGACUACAGCGUGCCGAGGAUUUGGCAACACCAUGCGUUGUCUUCAAACAGACCACCCACCGUAUGUUCCGUUUUUCGAAAGUUGGGUGCCGAAGGAGACCAGAUUUUUUUUUUUUCUAGGCUGGGUACUGCCAUUUCCGUGGACUUCGACAAUGCCAAUGCAGCAAAACCUGACUGUUGUUUCACGGCUCAGGGGCAUUUUUUUUUUUUUUCACCGUACAGUAGCUUGUGUCGCACCGGCAACCAGCAGUGUGUUUUGUAUUGCGUCUGCUACGAGAACUUCUGCUUUGUGAGCUGUGCGGCAUCGGUGAUUGGAAGUGAAACCAAAGACAUGAAAGAUGCAGUUUAGGUUUGAAUGCUGUAGUGCUUUGGUGUCCUUGGAAUUGUGCAAGCUGUACUGGUCUGCUGGCUUCCAUGUUACUUCUUCUGAUCUGUCAAGUAGGCACUUGUCACCUUGGCCAUUAAAGAUUAUAGCAUGGCUGUAUGCACCGAAUGUACAGGACUCUAAUAAACGAAUUUGCCAGUGGA